GUGAAGUUGAAGGCAGGAGCAGCAGAGCGGCGGAGGGGCCCACUUUGCCUUCUUACAUGCCGUUGAUGCAACCUUUUUCUAUUACCCAUUUUUAACCACAUUGUCCGUUUUUUUUCUGCUCGGGUUUCAUAUAUAUAUAUAUUUUUAUCUAUUUUUCCCACCGCAACCUUUUACUUCAAGAUGGCAGGGGCUAUCAUUGAGAACAUGAGCACCAAAAAGUUGGUGAUAGUGGGAGUUAUUCUGCUUUUGUUCCAGGCGUUUUCCUUCAUGGUCGGCGGCUUAAUUGCUCCCGGCCCCACCCAUCCUAUCGACUACGUGGCCACCAAGUGUGUGGACACGACCAAAUACAGGCAAGAAACCAAGUGGUUCAUGCCCUGGGGUCCUAACCAGUGUGACAAGAUCAAGUCCUUCGACGAGGCCAUGGCCAAGAGGAUCGAGGCCAACAACAUUGUGUUUGCCGUCCACAUCCCGCUGCCCAACAAGGAGAUGAGCCCCUGGUUCCAGUUCAUGCUGGUCAUCCUGCAGUUUGACAUCGCAUUCAAGAUGUACAACCAAAUAGAGAAAGGGGCUGUGGUCACCAUCGAUGUCUCCCUGGCCUACAGGGACGAUACGGUCAGCGAGUGGACCGAGAUGGCUCAUUCCUAUGAACAGAGGAAGCUUAACUGCAACUUUACCACUGCUAAGACAACCGAGAACGAGGGCCGCUUCUAUGAGUGUGACCUGCUGCCAUUCAUGGAACUGGGGAGCGUCUCCCACAAGUACUAUCUUCUCAACAUCCGCCUGCCCGUCAACGAGCGCAAGAAAAUCAACGUGGGGAUUGGAGAAAUCAAAGACAUCCGGCUUGUUAGCAUUCAUCAGAACGGAGGCUUCACACAGGUUUGGUUUGCCAUGAAGACCUUCCUCACACUCAGCAUCCUCAUCAUCAUGAUUUGGUACUGGAGACGCAUCACCCUCAUGAGUAGACCUCCUGUUCUUCUGGAAAAGGUAAUCUUGGCUCUGGGCAUCUCCAUGACGUUCAUCAACAUCCCGGUGGAGUGGUUCUCCAUCGGCUUCGACUGGACCUGGAUGCUGCUCUUCGGAGACAUCAGACAGGGCAUCUUCUACUCCAUGCUGCUCUCAUUCUGGAUCAUCUUCUGUGGCGAACAUCUCAUGGAUCAGACGGAGAGGAACCGUUUUUCUGUCUACUGGAAGCAGGUUGGACCCAUUGUGUUUGGAUCGUUCUGCCUCUUCAUCUUUGACAUGUGUGAGAGAGGAGUUCAGCUAACUAAUCCCUUCUACAGCAUCUGGGCCUCUGAUGUUGGAACGGAGCUGGCUAUGGCGUUCAUAAUUGUGGCAGGGAUCUGCGCCUGUCUUUAUUUCCUCUUCCUCUGCUUCAUGGUUUUUCAAGUCUUUCGCAACAUCAGUGGUAAGAGGUCGUCACUGCCUGCCAUGUCGAAGGCCAGACGUCUACACUACGAGGGUCUUAUUUUCAGGUUCAAAUUUCUCAUGCUGGUCACUCUGACCUGUGCUGCCAUGACGGUCAUCUUCUUUAUCAUCAGCCAGGUGAAUGAGGGCCACUGGCACUGGGGGGAUCACACUGUGCAGGUGCACAGUGCCUUCUUUACCGGCAUCUAUGGCAUGUGGAAUCUGUACGUCUUCGCCAUCAUGUUUCUCUACGCACCCUCUCACAAACGUUAUGGGGACGAGCAUUCAAGUGGUCAGUGCAUCACAGGUGAUACUGGAGCAAGCAGCGGGGAGGACAUCCAGUUGACCACAACCAUCACUCAUGUUGACGGCCCCACUGAGAUCUACAAAAUGACUGGCAAAGAAGCCCAGGAAUAGACUGCUGUGUCUCAGACUCCUAUCUACUACCUACUGCUCCAAUAUCUUUAUGCUGAGACAAGUUUCAGUAUGUUUCUUUGUUUUUUUUAACACUCCCUGUCCCUAUAAGUGCUUACACAAUCCAGCCUGCAUGCAGCUACCAGCCCAUCUGUUGCUGCACCGAAACCGGAGCUUGUUUACAUGGCACCCUCUUUCCAAAGUCCCUGUUGUACCUUUUUAGAAUAUCAAAAUUCGUAUCGGCCCUUUUCAUUUCAUGUAGGACUCUCCUGUAACAUUUCAUUCACAUCCUCAUUAACGUAAACUAUACCGAUUGUAAAUGUUGCACAAUACACCAAGUCAGGUACUGAAAAGCUGCGUUACAAAGAGAUUCACGAGUGAAGAGAACCACUUAUUGGUGGAGAGAAGGUGCAUUUAGCAGCUGGCACACUUAUCUUUUCAAGUAUAGUGGUUAAACAGUCAUCGGUAAAGGCCUGAGCUGAGGGACAUGAACAGUGAGACGUUUCAGCCAAAUGUUUUGAAUGUCCUGCUUUAUUAUGUUUUAUGUCAUUCGAGGAUGCAUCCAUCAUUUAAUAAAAAAAGUGUUAUGUACUGCUGUCACUCAUAGUCCAUUUUUUUUUUCUAUUUUUCUUGCAUCACUGGGGGAAAUGUGGAAAACUGCCACUUUGGGAAAAGUAUGUUCAUUAUGUUACAAUGUAGAUAUCUGUCUUUUUUUAUAUGUAUGUACUUAUUUUCAGCUUUAAAAAAAGUAUGAAUCAAACUAUCAAUACCUUUUUGAAGUUGACUGUAGCCAAUCACACGUUGUUUUUAGGUUUGCUUUGUAAGCUAAUUUAAAUAAUAAAAAACCUUCUGCCUAUUA